AUGUUCGCGCCAGCAUUCGCUCCACCGGUUCUUGUGCAUCCCGCUGCUUUGCCGACCCAUUUGCCGCCACCGCCUUGCUUCAUCUCGGCCGACGGAACGCUCAUUUUUCCGCCCGGUUUUUUGCCGCCACCGUUUCCGGCGGUUUCCGACGAGGAGGAGCUUCACGCGUUGACGUCGAGCAGCGCCAACAGCAUUACUAGUAGCAGCGGCGGAUCCGAAACAUCGAGCUCGCCGGUGCCGAGUGUCACCGAGAGUUUUGUGUUGCCGACAACGAAGACGGCCGUCCAGCUGCGCAUUGUGCCGUUGACUGGAAACGAGGACGAAGAAUUGAGACAGUACGCAAAAGCGCAGGGAGAAGCCAAGCUAAUGAGACGCACGCGACGCAAUUCGGCCGGCUCGUCGGCGCCAUCGUCGGUCUAUGAUGGAUCUACUGCGCCGACGACGUCCGACUUUUAUUUCGACACGGCUUCUUCGCAAGAUUCUGGACGUGCCACAGGCGGCCUGGCCUCAUCACUUUCGCCACCAAUGGAUGAUGCUGCAAAUGGUUUUAGUUAUACUGCUUCAAAUGAUUUGCUCGAUCCGACCCCAAUGUAUGAGUUUGAAAUUCCGAACAGUUUGGUUGGAUUGAUAAUCGGAAUUAAGGGAAAAACGAUUAAGGAAUUGAGCCAACGAACCAAUGUGCGAAUGCUCAUCCGUCAACACCAUACUCAGGAGAAGGUCAAGACGCAUCAAAUUUGUCAAGUUCGCGGAAAACGCGAGGAGAUCAACCAUUGUCUCCAGAUGUUGCGACGACGAUUCCCGUCGCCGCGAUUCCCGGAGCUCAACUUGCAGCCAGUUCUUCCGCCACCAUUGCCGAACAAUUGCUUUGACAUGUUGUCGACCCAGCCAACUUGGCUCACACUUCCGGAGGAGAUCAAAUGCGAGGUGGCCGUCUCGUCGAUCAUCGACCCGUCGCACUUUUUCGUACAGCAGCCGACGCAUCCGUCGUUCGCCUCGCUGCGCAUUUUGGACUUGUACAUGUUGCGAUUGUACGGCGAACACACGAAUUUGCCCGAAUUGCCGAUCCCGUGCCAAGAAGGACUCUUGUGUGCGGCUCCGGUGAUGGAUGCUUGGUUCCGUGCGGUCACCGUCGAAUACUAUGAGGACACCGACGAAGUUUUUGUGAAAUUUGUCGAUUAUGGAGGCUACACGAAGAUGCCAAGAUGCAAUUUGAGACAGAUUCGCACUGACCUCAUGUCGUUGCCAUUCCAAUCGAUCGAGGUCAAAUUGGCGCACGUGCGCCCGAUUGAUGGCACGUCGAGUUGGGGAGCGCAGGCGAUGCUGGAGUUUGCCGAUUUGUGCACCGGCAAAGUGAUUUCGCUUCGAAUGGUCGGCUAUGAGGUUGACACACGUGUGCCGAUGGUCGAACUCUAUGUGCCGAUAACAAUGCACAUUGGCGAUGGCGCUGUUGAGACUGUGGAAAUUCGUUUCGAUCAAUAUUUGUUGGACAAGGGUUUUGCACGCACGGCGGACCCGUCAAAAUUGUUGCGAUCCUCGUCGACGGCGGCUUCGAUUUCCGGCAAACGACCAUCCCUAGCGACGCAAUCAUCACAAACUACAUUGGUUUGCUGA